AUGCCACAUCUCCGUACACUUUUUCGGGCAACCGCGAUUGGGGUUGUCGCGAGUGCGCUUGCCUCCGCCCACUAUGCGCAGCGAGCCCCAGCAUUAGCUUCUUCCGUCUUCGAGGGACCGGACGCCGGCACGGCGGACGCUGUUGCCAGCAUGCGACUCCAGGAUCAGGCCAUACCGUGGGAGAUGGAAUGCGACGACUUUCGCCACGGCUACCAGACAAACACAGUGCAGCUGCAGAUUCUCCGACUGUGCGCCGAAUACGCGGCUUCGAGCGGUGAGAAGUCACCUGUGAUACGCAUCGUCGGAUUCUUUCCCGGGGUUCCGAGUAAAACCGUGUACGAGCAUCUCACAAAUGUGACGCUGCGGCGCGGGUGGGACUGUAACUACACCAAUUUUGAGCAGUUUUCUGGAGAAUGCCCUUCUACACUGGCCGAAGUCGAUCCGUUGCGGCGCCCCCUCGCCGCCGUGGCGAAAAUGCGCCCCUGCUGCUCUGGCGAUGUGUGCACCCUUGUCCCAGAUGUGGCGGGCGUCGUGCUCGACGACCAUGGCUGGUUCACGCACCGUGUCGGUGGCCCAUUGCUACGCCGCUUCGGCCUGGCGGACCGGCUGUUUCAGUACGAGCGUCUAAGCUACGCGUACUGCUUCGCCGAAAGCGCUGCAGUCAUGUCCAAGGACGCUACCACUGCUAGUAAAAUGUACGACGUGCUGUAUAGCGGGUCCAAACGCACGCGUGAGGUGGCUUCGACAGCUGCGCCAUCGCUUCGUGCAUGGCUUCAGGCAAAUCGAGAGGCUGUGCCAUGUGCAGAGGUAGACAUGAACUUCCAACAUAUCCUGCUUCUUCCGAUUGCCGAUGCAGAAGCGCAGCUGUUUCGCAACUCAGACCAGCUUCGCUCGCUGUGUACCAUGGGAAGCAUGUUCGACAUGACGAGCACCAAGCUCGUUUACAAUGUAUGGAAGGAUACACAGCAGCGUGUGCUGGAUGGCACAGUGUCGUCACCGGGCACUCUUCUCGUCAUGAGUUCUGCAAACAAUGUUGGUAUACCAGCGCUGCUGCCGCGGUGGGCACAGAAAACAAUUUUGUCGACGAUGUCACAUAAGGCUUACGGCUCCCUACUAAAGGCUUGCCGGGAGCACACCAGUCACGAGGACUCUGUUUGA